AUGGCAUCUCCCAAAAUCCGAAGACCCUUAUCAGAAAUCCCCUCUCAAAUCCUCUCAACAAUCUCCACCAUAACCUCUCUUCUCCAAACCCUAAACCCACAACACCCAUCUCACCCUUUAAACCCUAACCCCUCAAUCCUCAACCAAUUUGCCCCACACUUAAACCCUCAUUUCGUCACUCAAGUCAUCCAAACCCAACAAAACCCUUAUCACGCCCUCUUCUUCUUCAACUGGGCAUCCAACCCUAACCCUAACCCCACCAACUACUCCCAUUCCCACUUCUGUUUCAUCGCCAUCACCGACCUCCUUAUUGCCAGAAAACUCUUCUCUUUAGCGACCGAAUUGCUCGAUUCUCAUAACAAGUUGACGGAUUUCAUGGUGGGUAAGCUUAUAAAAGCUCAUGGUGAUCUGGGUCAUGUUCGUUGGGCUCUACAUUUGUUUCAUCGUGCUAAGAAUAUGUACGCGGGUCGGUGUUUGUUCUCUUACAAUGCGAUUUUGGGGGUUUUGGUGAGGGGUGACCGGGUUGAUUUGGCGGAGCAGAUUUUUGAUCAAAUGGUUGAUGAAUGUGUUGUGCAGCCGGAUGUUUCGACAUGUACUGUGAUGAUCAAAGGAUUUUGUAAAACGGGUAGGAUGGAGAAUGCACAGAAGGUGUUUGAUGAAAUGUCGAGCCCGAAUUUGCGGACGUAUAAUACGAUGGUUAGUGGGAUGUGUAAGAAGGGGUUGAUGGAUGCAGUGUUGGAACUUGUUAAGAGGAUGAAACAGACUGAGGAUUGUUUACCGGAUAUGGUUACUUACACGACUUUGAUCGAUGGGUAUUGUAAAUUAAGAGAUUUUGAAAAGGCGAAGGCGUGUUUUGAUGAGAUGUUGAGCAGGAAUCUUGAACCUAAUGAGGUGACAUAUAAUGCUCUGAUUAAUGGGUUGUGUUUGUGUGGAGAUGUUGAUGGUGCGAAGAGAAUGAUGACGAAGAUGAGAUUGAACGGGUUAAAGGAUACCAUCACUACACACACGAGUUUGUUAAGGGGAUACUGCAUAGCUGGGAGAUCCGAAGAAGCGUUUAAACAUUUCACGGAGCUAAUUGCUCAUGGAAUGAAACCCGACACAAAAUGUUUUGAGGUUUUAGUGAAUGAGUUUUGUAAACUGCGUAGGCCAAAUGAUGCUAUUGAUCUUUUAAGAACGAUGAAUGAGCAUGGUGUUCGUCCUCGUGCUUGUAGUUUCAACAAGGUGUUUAAUGUCCUUGUAGAGUUAAACCAGCCUGAUAGGGCUGCCGCUCUUCUUAACCAGAUGCCAAAAGUGGGUUGUAAUCCGAACUUUUUAUCGUACAAUGCGUUGGUUUGUGGUCUUGUUAGAGCUAAAGGCAGGAUGACGAUGGUUGAAGGGCUAGUGAAGGACAUGGUCAGAAAUGGUUUCGAUCUUGAUGCUACUAUGUACGCUUGUUUGCUGAAAGGAUAUCGAGAUGAUGGAAACGAGGAGAUGGUGAUUCGGGUGUCUCAGGAAAUGAUAGAUAAGGGUUUUGUGAUGAACAAAGACACGUAA